AUGAACCACUUCACCAAGUUGGAUAGAGGCACAGUACCCAUCCUGAAAACGAUGCGAGUAGCGGUAAUUGGCGCUGGGGCCUCUGGUCUCGUAACUGCCAAGUAUCUCAGCCAGGCCAAGGAAUACUUUGGGAUCCCUGGCAUCGAGAUCCGGAUUUUCGAGAGAGAGGACAGUGUGGGCGGUGUCUACAAGUACAAAGUGUAUGAGGAUGCUGAGAUGGUGUCUUCCAAGUACCUUACAGCCUUUUCUGACUUCAGAGUUUCUCACGAUCUUCCCGAUUUCCUACCCAUGGCAGAUUAUGUUCGGUAUCUCGAGGGCUAUUGUAGCCACUUUGAACUCUGGGACCUUAUUGAGACGAGAACCGAGGUCACCUGUGUGUCUCGUACUCCAAGUGGCCACCGAAUUUUCUUCCGGCGGAUGGAUAAGGAAUCAACCAGCUACACCAAAGAUCAGACAAGCGAAACUGAAACCUGGGACUGUGACGCUAUUGCUGUCUGUUCCGGGCUGAACAACGUGCCUUCAAUCCCGGCCAUCAAGGGCCUCGAUCGCGUCCAGACUCUUCACUCGUCCGAGAUUAAAGAGAGACAGCAGUUUGGAACAAACACGUCAGUGAUGAUUUUAGGUGCAGGCGAAACAGCAAUGGACCUUGCCCACUUAGCGGUGACAUCCAAGGCUCGUGAAGUGACUCUAUGCCACAAGGACGGCUUCUUCUGUGCCAAAAAGGCAUGCUUCCCGAGCUCUACAAGCUUUACCUUAUGGAAACCUGACCCGCACCAGAAGCCAGUUGACACCGCCAUUGCCAGCUUCCUCGAUACAGCUUACCUCCCAGAGAGACUUCAGCAUUCCCAGCUGACCUGGAGUGUGUAUGACAAGACGCUAAAGUGCCUUCAUUUCCUAUCUGGAGGAACGAUCGCUGGUCCCGACCAGUGGGUUGGUGGGGUUGAAGGCGAUCGUAACAAUGUGGAUUCCUUGUUCCUCGUCAAGUCAGAUCGUGCUCUUCCAUACCUGAACGAAGGACACCGCGCACGAGGCAUUCUUUCGCGCUUCAGGGCCUUCAUGAUGAAUGUGGAGCUCAAAGACACUGGCGGCAAAAAGAUCUUGACUGCCCCUUGGCCAUUGUCCUUUUCGAAAGACGGCACGGUGACGUUCCCGGAGAGCAAAAGGCUCGAGCACACUCAGGCACUUUCCAGAGUGAUGCAACCCGAUUUGGUUGUUCUCGCUACAGGCUACGUUCGUCGAUUCUCCUUCUUGGCAGAAGACUACCCGGAGCCGAACGAGCUGGAUGUCCGUGGGAUUUGGAGACGCAGCGACGUGACUACUGGCUUCAUCGGUUUUGUGCGCCCCGGUAUUGGUGCAAUUCCGCCUCUCGCUGAACUGCAAGCCCAACUCUGGGUUCUCAACCUGGUCCGACACCAGUACCCCCAGCAAGUGCCGACGCCUUCCCUUAGUCCUGGUCAAGGUGCAUAUGCCGAUGCCAUUGGCCACUAUGAGGUCGACUACGCUCUAAAGGCCCGAGGCGGACACGAUUUCUUCAAGACCAAGCAUGGCGUCGAGCAAGAAUCGUACGCAUAUCAGCUUGCCCUGGAUAUGGGCGCCGCGCCGACGAUCUCAUUCAUGGCGCGCCAGGGCUUCAAAGCUUUCUUUACCUGGGCCAUGGGAUCCAAUUUCAACACCAAAUUCAGGCUUGUCGGUCCGUGGAAGUGGGAGGCAGGUGCUCUCGCUAUCAUGCGCAGUGAACUCUUUCAAGUCGUCUCCCAGACUGGUGGCGGGUUGUUCUUUACGAGCUAUACUCUCUUCCCCUUGCUUCUCUUCGGAGUAUUGACAGGUAUCCUUCAUGCCACUGCGGCGUUCCUGCGUCUUCUUGGCUUGGAAGCUCAGGCUAGAAAGGUCCUUGGUUCAGGCAAUGUUCCCCGUCGUGAAGGUGAUGGGGCCUGA